AUGAAUUAAAGUAAUAACUCUUACUUCUAUGAGAUUCAAAAUAGGAAUGAUGCAUUAUGGAAAAGAGAGAAUGCACAUCAAGUACUUCAAAUUGUACGAUCAUUAAAUUAAGAUCAUCAUCAAAAUAAAAUUUAUUCCAUCAAUGGAUAGGAUGAAUUAAUCUAGAAACCUCAUUAUCAUUUACAGAAUUAGUAUCUAAUAUCAAAAAAUAAACACAUAAAUUUAGAAAACCUAAUUCUCAAAAAAACAAUGAGGGAACAUUAUUAUGGAUUAGAAUUGAGUACAAAUUACGAGACAUUGUUAUUAUAUGGAAGUAAGGACAUUAUUGAUGAAUGGUAUGGUUAUAUUAAGAUAUAUACGAUCUAAAAUGAUUUUCGAAUGAAUUACGAUUUUAUUAAAUUAACUGGGAAAGGAGCCCAUGCAAAAGUGUACAAAAUUUUUAGUAAGAGAGACAACCAAGUCUAUGCGGUUAAGGUGUUUAAAAAGAAUAAUAUCAGUAACAAACUAGGUCUCUUUAAAGAAAUUUAGAUACUGAGAUAAUUAUAACAUAAAAAUGUCAUAAAAUUAAACGAAGUUUACGAAAAUGCCAAACAUCUCUAUUUAAUACUAGACUAUUUGCCAGGAGGAGAGUUAUUAUAAGCAAUUAGUUCUGCAGAGGUGUAUAGUGAAUCCGUUGUGCAAGAAUUAAUAAAAAAUUUAUUAUAAGCCUUGGAUUAUAUUCAUCAAAAUAAAAUAUUACACAGAGAUAUCAAGCCUUAAAAUUUAUUAUUAAGAUCCUAAGCCAAUAUCACAGAUCUUGUGAUCGCUGACUUUGGAUUAUCAGAUGAGUAUAACAUUAGAGGUGAAUAUAUCUUCUCAAGGUGUGGAACUAUAGGAUAUAUAGCUCCGGAAAUAUUGAGAAAUGAAAUCUAUGAUUACAAAGUUGAUGUAUUCUCUGUAGGAGUGAUUAUGUUUAUGUUGCUCACUGAUUCUAGUCCCUUUGGUGGUAAGGAUACCAAUGAAGUCAUUAAGAGCAAUUUGUAAUGCAAUAUUGACUUUGAAUAAUUAAAGAUGGCCAAAAUCAGUACUCAUGCAUAUGAUUUUGUGACUUGUCUUUUAGAAUAGAAUCAAAAUCAAAGACCUACUGCUUAUUAGGCUCUUUAACAUGAUUGGUUUUAUUUACCUAAAAUGGAAACUUUACAAUAUUUUUCACUUUCAUUAAAGAAUAUACCACUCUUAAACAUCAAAAAAAGACCUGAAUUGCAAAAUAUCAUUAUUUCGUAAUCUCCCUUAUGGAACAACCUUUGCUCUAAGAUUACUCUCUCUGACAGUUCUAAAUCCAAGAAUGCUUCAGAAUGUAUAAGCAUUCUCGACGACAUUCAAGAUUAAGUACAAGAGGAGGAAACCUAAGUAGAUUAUAAAUAUAAAUUGAGAUAAGGAAGCAUAGAAGAGAACUUUGAGGAAAUGAACGAUGAUGAUUUCUAUAAAUAUACUAAAUCUCCAGCCAGUCUACUACAAAUUUAUCACUUAAGUAUCAAGGGAGGAAGAAAAUGA